AUGAAGCCUGUUGUGUCGUUGUUGAAUGCGUGGUCCUGUGUGGUCAUUUCACUCUUUGGCAUCAUAAUUCUUUCGGUCCUGGGGUCAUUAUACAAGAGGGAACAUCCUGGAUUUACCGGCUCGGAAGGCGAACCGGAAGAUGGUUCUGCAGUCGCUGCCUCGAUUUUCACAGCCGUGGUGGUGUACGCCGUAUGUUUCGCCCAUCUAGACUCCCAGAAGAACUACUGGAACCCUCGCAUACUGACCAUUGGCGGUGUUGUCGCUUAA